AUGAAGGUUGUCUUUCUAUUGUAUUCAUUUUUUAUAUUAUUAAUAUCACAUUCUUAUGGAUACCAAGCCAACCAACCAAAUAUCUCAGAGUAUAAUUCUGAACAAAAUCUCUUGGCAGCACUUUGUUGGUCUCUGCCAUUUAAAUUUAUCAAAUGCGAUAUUGAAUUUGAAGAAAACGUAUUAGAACACUUAAAACUUGAACAAAUACCAAGAAACAAAGUUUCCACAACUGAUGAAGUAGUAUAUAAUAUUAGAAUGCAGCCAGUAACCAACGGAUUUUUAACUAAUGCAGUGCUAACAGUAAGGUCAAUUUAUGGGAUGAUUAUUUCAAAUGAAGUAGGAAAUCCUGUGGUUCCAAUUCCUAAUCAGCUUAAACAUUCAUCAACAGCAAAAUUUGGAUUACCACAUCAAGCCAAAAAUAUCUUUCCCUCUGUUAACUGUGUUCUUAUGUACUCUAAUAUUGGGGAGGGUUUUUACUACAUUCACCCUGGAAAAAGUGAGCAUAAAUCAAUUCCAAGAUCCGUACCAGAAAAUAUAAUGCUAAAAGUCUCCACAAAGAAAACAAGAACAAGAGAAAUGUUUUAUGUAACAUUAUUAUCAAAUCAGCAAUUCCCCACUAAACCUUCAGCCACAUAUGGUGUUGGUGCAGAUUUUAUGAUACCACCAGUUAUCUGUUUUGGAAGCAAUGAAAAUCUAAACCAACAACUUCACGAAAGCAAAUCAUAUUUGGGAGGGCUUUUGAUUCAAGAACGAGUAAUGGGACCUUCUCUUAAAGACAUUAUUAAAUUCUUUAAAAGUACUGCACUCGCGAAGUGGCUAAAUAGCUCCAGAACUGGUGAAUUUAACUAUAGAGACAGAGUUUUCCUACGGUUAGAAGCCCAGUUAUCUCUGGCUCAUUCUGUAAUCGCAGCUAUUUUAACUUUGCAGCAUCACUCAAUUGCAGGUAGAGUUCUACAUUGUGAUCUAAAUACCAAAAGUAUAUAUAUUGACCGUAUUGUUUGGAGUUGGUCUUCCAGAAAGGUUGAAGAAAACUUAAAUGCAUUAACCCAGUUGUCCCCAACAAAUAUAAAAUUUAUUAACUUUGGGUAUAUGAGAUCAACCCUUGAAGUAUUAGAAGAAAAUUUAACUUGCCCUCAAACUGAUAAUGAUUUGGUUAAAGUACAAGAAUUCAUUAAGAUGUUAUUCUCGGAACAAAGUGAUAGAACAGAAUUCCCUGGAAGUAAAAGUAUCAGUGGUGGUAUGAUGACGAUGAGUACUGGAUUUAAAAUGUGGUGGAAUGAAUUAGUAAAUACGGUUGGAGCAGAUUUCACCAACCAAGAAGUCAAUCAACAAGAAGUUCUACAAGUUGAAAAUAUUCUAAGAACUGUUUAUAAAGAUAAUUCGGUAACCUUAAAUCUUGAUAGAACAGCAAAAUUUGCCGGAAUUGUUGCUGGAAUUAAAGCAAUCCAUUCCUCUAUCUCCAAAGCUCUCAGAUAUCUUUAUUACCAAGGAUUUGGAAAAACUAAGAAAAGAGUAAUUGUUGGUUGGUCAAGCAAAGAUCUUGAGCCUGAGCCUCCAACCCUACCUAGCAGCACUGUAAAGAAGAUUCUUAUUGGCAAGAAAAUUGAAACUUCUACCAAUUCGGAUACAUCUGGCACUGAUAAAUUCGAAUCCACUGAUAUAGAGCUUUCUGCUGAGUCUAUUGGGCUUUCCUAA